AUGGAAGAAGAAGAAGUUACGCAACAAGCUUGGCCAUCAGCAAGGAAAAAGCCUCUACCUCCAAUCCGAACCAACCGACGGAUGUCAGGGUCAUGGACGGAAAACCUUGAGCCUUCUAUGGAACUGAAGUCACCAGAGGUGCUCAAAUCACCUGAACCAAAAGCUCACAGCUCAAAAGGGGAGCACUGGAAUCGGCCAGUUCUUUUUCAGAGUUUCUUUCCACGAUCCAUGAGCGAAGUUCGGCCAUCUCCCGACGAUGAGCUAUUAUCUCCAACGAAAUCUUCGUCAGACUCUAAUCCACUGAAAGAGCCAUCUGUGAAAGAGGAAAAACCCGAAAAGAAACACAAUCGACGUGAAUCGCUCAAAGACCAGCUGAUGAAGUUCAAAAUGAAGGCUGGCAAAGUAUUGGAAGAUGUUCAUGAUCGCCUCGUCGAAGAUCACAACACCGUUGCUGUGGCUCCAUUAUCCCCUUCGAAUACCUUGUCGCAAGAUGUAGCAUCCGUGGCUGAAAACGAUGAAGCCUCUUCGGUUGAUGGUCGGAAUAUAAGCCCAUCUCCAUCGCAAUCAUCCAAGCGCACAUCCACAUCGGCCGAGUUGAAGGCUACAAUGCGUUCAAAAAUACGAAAACAGGCUGAAAAAACGGUGGAACGAAAGCGAGGCUCGGUACAAUUGGCGAAACGGCUUCAACGUCGCCUUACCAUUCAUCAGGAGAUUGGAGCACGUUUUCUGCAAGAACAGAAGUCGUUUUAUCCACCCGAUGAUGUACAGUAUGCGUUUUUCGUCGAAGACUAUGAGAAAGAGGAUCAACCGCCUCCACCAGUAGGCUCACUGUUGAACUAUCGCCGAGCAGAAAUGGUAAACGAAGUUGAUCCUAAUCUGGUCUAUUAUGAUGCUCGUCCACUCGAUCUGGAAGCCAACAAUGGAUCGGUCACCCUAACCCGGAUGACCCAGCGAUUGUCGGAUAAGUUCUUCACAGAGGGCAAGCUUCGCCGAAUUGACGAGUCCAUGUAUGUGAAGCCUUUGAAGAUAAUUCAAAACGACGAUAUACUCUACAAUUACGUGAAGGCGGAGCCAUGGGAGACAUUUGUGGACGAGAUACGCGGCAGUGAAUACGUCCAAUUGGACCUAUAUCUUGGUGGAAUUAUCUUUGAAAAGCAUCCAUUGGCUAGUGAAGAGGACAAAAUCCACGUUCGUCUGACUAGUCUCUACGAUGAACAAUGUGAACGUAUCAAUAAAAUGACUGAUGCUUUGAUGGAUGCUGAAAAUGCGCCGACAAGGCUGGUUUUGAUAUUAUUUAUUUGUUUUGUAUUAGGUGAAAAUUUCAGUGAGGAAGCAUCGGCCCUCCGAGAACGUGCCAAUCAACUGUACGGGGAAGUGAGGAGUGGAGCAGAACGUCUAGCCGAAGAAUAUGCCAAUAUGGAGAAUUGCAGAAAUCAGCAAGGCUUCACUACAUCGCCUCUGAUGUACACAGUCGAUCAAGCGGAUCGUGAAAAUGGGUCCUUACUGGGAAAACUGACAAUGGAUGGUCCGUUAACCCCUGUAGGUGCUCUCCCACCAGCUGAACGAACACGAAUUGAGACGCUGAAGAAGGCAUCGUUGCAAGUGAUUCUUCACUUUAAUGAUAUUUUCAUAUGUAAAUCAAAGUCAGUGCCUUUGGAGAGCUUUCAGUACAAAUUCGACCAAAUCUACAAUUUGGAGAUAGUAUCAGAACCAAAAUCGAUUACCGCUACGAUUGUUGAGAAAGUUGGCACUACGAAGAAGACCCUUACAAAGGUGAACAUUCCCCUGCCCGCCACAGAUGACAAUGAUCUUCCUCCAGCUCGGAUACCCUUCGAGAAUACCGACAAUUCUGCGAAUGGUACCCUCAUUGCUCGCUCUUCUUGGUCUACGGAAGCCAGAACGAGGCGGCGAGAAAGUGCCGCUCCAGUGACGGUCACGAACGACGGACCUUUCUCGAUCAUUCCGCCUGGAGUGCGCCUCGUUUCCGAUGAGGAGUUUGAUUCAAACCCACGAUGGAAUGCUCUAGAAAGAAGAUACCGUAAGCGGAACGCCGUUGGGAGAAUCCCAAUCGACGGAUCGGACAUCGAUGUGCCUUCUGUAAGACUUGGAGAUGAUCGCCGUCAGAAAGCGAAAUUUCGUACUGCUGUCGACGGAGCUCGAGCAAUUGGGUUUGCACAUGCAGUCAAACUCAGGACGAAACUUCUGGAACGUGACCAAGACGCUGCUGAACUGUCAUACUCGGAAAUCGUACGUGAAGAACCGCUACCAGGACUAUUUGGAGCUAUUGGUUCACUUUUCGGACCAGCCGAUCUGUCGCGAAAGUUAAAACCAAUGCGACGAACACCGAUUCGACAACAGAAUUUCUCACCGACAUCGUUAAACCUGAUGGUAAAUCUACAGGCGGCAGUGAAUUUGCCCACCAGGAGCGACGGCCAGCUACACACGGUUGUCGAAGUGGCAUUUCAGAACAGUAUCCGAUGCACUCCAUCGGUGUCAGGACGGAAUCCAAAUUGGCAACAUGGUCUGUCUCUUCCCGUCAAUGGUGCUGACGAUCCGAAAUCAAUAAUCGAUUGCAUCAAGCUGAACGUUUACGAUCAGCACAAAUCCGUCGUGGAUCCUCCUCAACAUCUUUCCGAGGCUUUGAUCCUGCCAAUUCGAUCUGGUGGCAGUAUUAGAUACAAAUUUUNUGGUGAUGAUGGUGACCGUGAUGAUGCUCAUGGUGAUCAUGAUGAUGGUGGAACAUACUGUGAUGAUGUUCGUGGUGGUGAUGAUGAUGAGGAUCGUGGUGAUGGUGAUCCUCGUGGAUGA